AUGGACAAAAACUUUUUGAACAUCCCUUCAUAUAUUGAAGAUCCCUCCUAUCGUUACAAGAUGCCUAAAAUGAUCUUAAAGAUCGAAGGUAAAGGAAAUGGUAUCAAGACUAACAUUGUUAAUAUGUAAGAAGUCUCUAAAGCUCUUAGAGUUCCCACUGAAUAUCCUUUGAAGUUUAUGGGUUUCGAAUUGGGUUCUCAAAUUAUUUACAAAGAAAAGGGUAACGAUGUUACUACUAUCAUUAAUGGUGCUUUCAAGGAAGAUAUAUUGUAAAAGCAAUUAGAUAAAUUCAUUUAAAAGUAUGUUUUAUGUCCUAAGUGCACAUAUCCUGAAUUUGUAUUGAGAGUUCGUUAAGGUUUGGUUAGUGGUAAGUGUGAUUCUUGUGGUGAACGUGCUAAAUGCGAUAAUGCUCACAAGUUUGCUGCCUAUAUUGUAAAGAAUCCCCCAAAAACCAAAGGUAUUAACAAGGAAGAAGAAGACGAUAAAAAAGAUAAAAAAGUUGCUGCAACUGUUCCUUCCACAACUGUUACUAAGCCAGUUAAAGAAGAAAAAGAUGUCAAUUUGAAUAUUAAAAAACUUGAAGCUUCUGAUUUGACUCUUGUUAGUGAAGAACUUGCCAAAAAAAUUUAGCUUCUUACUGAAAGUAUUAACAGUUAAAAGCAAGAAAAUGGUGAAUUCACUGAAACUGAUAUUUCUCAAACUAACAUUGUUAAGGAAAUUAAAGAUAUGAACAUAUAAAAAGGACUUGAAAGCUAAGUUGCUCACAUUCUUUUCUAGUCUUUAUUUAGCGUUAAUAUUGCUCAUGAAGUAUAAAAUAAUGCCGAAGUUCUCAGUAAGACUUUUUCUAAGCUUAAAAUUCCUAAUCCCGAACUUGAAACUAUAAUGAACAUCAGUUAUCUCUUAUUUAAAACUUACAAUGAAAAGCAAGAUUUCACUCCUUACGUUCCUACAAUUUUAAAGUACUUUUAUGAUGCAGAUUUGCUAUCUGAAGAUUUCUUAAAAAAUUAUGCCGAAUCUAAAAUUAAUUUGUCUGAACAUUACUUAUACGAUGCUGAGCGUAUAAAGAAGUUUGCUGAAGCUGCUUAACCUUUCUUAGAUUGGAUUCUAAAUGCUGAAGAAGAUGAAGACGAAGAAGGUGAAGAAGAAGAAGGAGAAGAAAAAAAAGAAGAAAGCCAAUGA